AUGGGAAAGUCCUUGCGCCGUUACGAGGAAGUAGAUGUUCAAACUACCGAGGUUCCGAGGGGCUUUGCUGGGUCAAUUCCUCCAUCAUUCUUCACCUGCAAGCCUCGGAAUUGUUCUCUGCCAAACGCAUCGCGCAUAGUAUCUGGACAACAAGCCCCACCUUGGCCGUCGCCGUCGCCCAUGGGGUGGCUGAGUUUGGUUGCGGAUCUCGAAGUGUACCGCCAUGCGAAUGCGACCAACCGGUGGAACGGCAUAGAGACGUCUUGGUUGAGCAUUCUGCUGUGGUGUGAUCGGAACUCGCUCGUGUGCCGAACAGGCGAGGGUGACCAGAUGUAUUUUCCAACAGCUGCUUUGGGCGGCGUGUGCGGCAUCGGGUGGCCAGCCGAAAACAUCAAUGUCGCAGGUUAUGUCUUCUACCGCCCAAAGCUCGGCAUCGCCAUGUCGGACUUGAAGUGGUUGCAUAUUUGGGAUGUGGAUGAUUGGGGUGCUCUUGCUCUGCAGUGGAUUGGCCCUCUGCGCGUGAAAUGCCUGACGGGGGUCAGUCAUUCGACAGGCCCCGUCUGUGCUCAAGCAGGCGGGAAGCAAGGGUUGUGGCAGGUAGCCGCCCGCAAUGCUUUCUGGACUUUGCCGAAAACGCCAAUGUUGCAGCUUGCCCUGCAUAGGAAGGUUGGCGUGCUACCGACGGCAACCUUGUUCGACAUUGUAAAAGCCUGCGUUCAGAACGCUUGCCCAGCCUUAUCUGCCCAAGAGCUCGCUGACAUCAUGCAAAAACGCCGCGCGUCCCACAGCGUGUAUGACGAGUUCCUCGCAGAGGAGGGCGCUGUUGAUCUGUUGGAGGACUCAGAGAGAAAGGGUGCGAAACAGGUGGUCGAUGAUGCCGCCAAGCAUGCUUCCUCCAAGGCGGAUUUCACGAAUGAGUACGUUUCUUGGAAAAAAAGGUUCUGCCGAAGGCAAAACCCAAGGCAAAGGCAAAGGCUGCCGCUAAAGCGGAGCUGGCGCACCCCGCGACCAAGGUCGUCGGAGGGAAAGUUUUCCCUAAGAAGUUCCCUUUGGCCCCAGUAG